AUGCCAGUAAUAAAAUGGACAAACACAGCUUUAAGUAAUUUGGAAAUUGGAAACAUCCUUUUAAUGCCACAACCUCUGCAACAUAUAUGCACUUCUACACCUAUGGACAUUGCACACAAUGCAACCUUUUUGGUCAACACAAGUAUGUUAAAAAAUAAGGAAGACAUAAAGUUUGAUGAUAUGGGCAGUUGGAAGAACAAUGGAAAGCAUUGCACAACAUUGUCAUUAUCAGAUGAUGGUUUGCAUAUAUUGGAUAAAGAAGAAUUACAAUCAUCCAGUGACCUUGAUGAUGAUACCCCUGCCUGUGUAGAGCUUUGUAAAAUCUAUUACCAGAACAAAUCAAGUCCCUCUGUUGUCAAGACAAUUUCCUGGAUUGAAGGUAUGUAAGUAUUGCCUAGACAUUUAUUUCACUAUGAGUACGUAUUACAUGUAAUUUAUUUUCAGAGCCUACUGUACUGUAGCGAAAUACUAAAGUACUAAUUCACUAGCUAGCUCACUCGUUACCACAUUAAUUCAAAUUGAAAAAAUGAACUUUUGGCCAGGCCAGGUAGAGCAUAGGCUGAAUGCAUGAGGUUUAAAAAUUAAAAUACACGAGUUUUUGUAAUCCUCAUCGCCAGGGCCACUCGAUGGUCGAUGGGAGUUUCUGCUUUUUCUUGCUUUGAUGCCAGAAGUCAGCAAGACAUUGAAAGAAAUGUCUAAUUUUGUUGCUAUAUGUAACAAAUUCAUUCCCAUGUCCAUUGCACGGAUUUUAUUAUAUGCAUGGCUUAAAAUUUGUUACCAAUAAGAUAACAUGAUAUAAAUCGCUUGCAUGAAAGUUAUGCACACAAAUGAGGCACCCAUGCAUAGAUUACUUGAACGAAUUUGUUAACAUAGCAACACAAUUAGGCAUGUCUUUCAAUAUGUUCCAUAUCCUACUAUAUGUGUACAAAAUUUAAUUUUAAUUGAAUGAGUAGUGACUGAGCAAUGACCAGUUCAUUGCAAUAUUGAAAAAACCAACAAUCAAUCAUAUGACGUCAUAAUUUAUGCUGAAUCAGCAAUUUAUUUGCCAAAUGUCCUUUAACUCUUUAUCGACAAGCGACAUUUUGACGAUUUUACAACUCAAUUGUUUAUAACAUAAAUAUCUCAGCGCGUAUUCACCCCCCUUUAAAACAAAGAAUACCAUUGAAAUUCUAAUAAAAUAACCUUUGCAACGGGGGGUCGAAUGCCGUCAAAGCAUUACACAAACCGAAACAAUCAUAUAUUUACUCACCGCUUGGCCAAAAUUUCGGAAUUUCGUUUCCACAAUAGCGUAAAUAACUUAUGAAUUCUUCAGAGUUCGGCUCAAAUCAAUAUGAGUGAAAUAUGUGCUGUAUUCAAGCGCUUUUAUAUCCAGAAUUUCACUUGAAUACAGCCAGUAGAAAUGUUUAUUUUGAGUUUUUAAAAAUAUUGGGUUUUUCUUGGUUUUUCUCGCACGUGCCUGCCACACGCUAAAAUUGGCGAAUAAGAAGUACCCGUAGCCCGAUGCACGUGCAAAUCAUGCUGCAGAUGUAAUUUGACCUUUAGAAUUUAAAUGAAACACCGAUGUUUUGCGAAUUUAAAUCGCAUUUCCGGUCAAAAAAUAUCCCGCUGAGUUCGCUAAUAUCACAACAGAUCGAAAUAUCAAAAUAAAAGACGAAGAACUGAGGCUACAAGCCUCAAAAUAACACUGUAAAUAGUGUUUUUGAUUGUGAAUCGAACAAGACUACAACAAAAAAUACAUGUUUGAAGGGGCCGAAGUUGUGUCUGGCAAAAGGUAUGGCUUUAGUGAUAAAUUGUUUACAUUUUUCGAACAAAUAUGUAAUUUGUUGAAAUAUGAUAUGUCUUGACCCUUCAAAGGUCAUAAAUCGCUAUAAUGUUUGUCUUUGACUAAAACUAUCAUUAUGAAUCAGGAAAUAUUAUUUCGCUGAAUUGAAUGGUGGUAUUUUCAUCUACGUAGCAUGUACUGAACCGAAGAUAUGAACCUCCAAAAUACUAUUGCAGUUCUGCAAAAUCGCAUUUCCGGUCAAAAUCGAAAUAAAAGACGAAAAUCCGAGGCUACAAGCCUCAAAAUAACACUGUAAAUAGUGUUUUUGAUUGUGAAUCAAACAAGACUACAAUGAAAAACACAUGUUCGAAGGGGCCAAAGUUGUGUCCAGCGAAAGGCAUGGUUUUAGUGCUACAUUGUUUACAUUUUUAGAACAAAUAUGUAAUUUGUUGAAAUAUGAUACCUCUCGACCCUUCAAAGGUCAUAAAUCGCUAUAAAAUUUGUGUUUGACUAAAACUAUCACUAGGAAUCAGGAGAUAUUAUUUUGCUGAAUCGAAUGGUGGUAUUUUCAUCUACGUAGCAUGUACUGAACCGAAGAUAUGAACCUCCAAAAUACUAUUGCAGAUCUGCAAUAGUUUUCACAGGGCCGGUCGAAAAGGAGUUAAGACAGGUUUCACCGCUAAAGGCGAGGGCUUCUUAUUGUUUUGAAAUCGUAUUGUUAUCUACUUUUCACUUACCCACGACCUUUCCAAUAUAGUUACUAUUAAUAUGGCAUGGUAUUUAAACUUCAUCGUAAUGCUAUAUUAAUGAGCGGUGUGUCAUGCAGUUAGCGUAAUACAGCUUGAUGUUUUUGUCAAAUUAUUGGGUACUAUAGUGAAAUUAAAAUCAGUUUAACGACGUUAACUUUCAACGACAGGGUAAAUAUUCUUGAGCAAACUACCGUUGACUUGCCGUCGCGAAUGCCUUUCACUUACAGGAGUUCUAUAUAUAGUCGUGUUUCCUAUUUAUUGGACAGCUUAAGCUUCACAUUGACGCGUCGCAUGAUAAAAAGCAGUUACAAAGACCAUACGAAGAAUUUACACUACUUAAUAAAUUUAUUUAUGUUUUAAACUAGAGCGAAAAAUAACUCCCUAAUGCAAUUAACCUCUUAACGAUCACAAUAACGGUCACAAACAUUUCCGUAUAAGUGUGAGCAUGUACAAUAAUUACAUUCCAUAUUUUGUGUGCUCUGUAGAUAAGUAUGGAAAGCAUGAUAUGUCCCUGGUUCAAUAUCUGUUCAAGAAAGGGGAGCAUGAUGUCGUGCCCGUUAGCCAUGGCAACAACAAGAGAAAAGAUUCACAAGCCUUUAUUCCAACUAAGAAAUCUACAAAGGAGAUAUUUCAAACCUCUUGUGAGAAACUGCCUCCCAAAAAAGCAUAUCAUCAUGUAUUAGAAUCAUCUGGUGGCAUAAAGCAUGCAAGAGCUGCUAGUGAUCUACCACGAAACUUGGAUCAGGCUUCAUAUUUUCGACGUGGAAAAGCAACUAGUGAUGACAACGCAAACGACUCUAUAUUGAUUGUUCUACAACAGUGCAAAAGACAGCACAUUAACACUCCCCAAGCAGCAUUCAUUCGUGAGGUGGUUGCUUCCCCAGACCUAAGAUGUGUGCUUGCAAGCAACAGGCAGCUAAAUGAUUUAGUGCGCUUUUGUACUAACCCAGUUAGCUUUUCCAUCUUAAAUUUAGACCCAACUUUUAAUCUUGGAAAUUUCAACCUGACAGUAACAACAUACCGCAACACAAUGCUCAUCGACAAGAAGAGAGGAAAACAUCCAGUGUUUUUGGGGCCAUUAUUUAUACAUCAGAAGAAGACAUUCGACUGCUACAACUACUUUGUCUCAAAGAUGAUUGGUCUGAAUCCAGCAAUACGAGAAAUCCUCUGUUCUGGAACAGAUGGCGAGGCUGCUUUAGUGUCUGCAAUUCAAAACAACUUGCCAUUUUCUUUACACUUGAGAUGUUUUAAGCAUUUUAAAAGUGAUUGCAAAGAGCAAUUAAAAAAGCUAAAUCUUCCAGAGGCUGUUAAGAAUGAAUUUCUUAGUGAAAUAUUUGGAAAGGCUGGUCAUGAAGGUAUGUUAAAAACGUGCUGACCACUCACCAGGUCCAUAAAAUGGCCUUUGCAUGUUAAACAGAGACAUGUUCUCUUGUAUAUUCCGGAUUUGACUGGACAUUAUGGUGCACGCCAUAACAUUUAACUCAUAAUAUUUUUGCUAAAGCAAGAAUGGUGCUUUGAGCAGCCCACUAUCAUUAACAUGCGUGAGAAAACAAUGGUAGAUUUGAAUGAGUAUAUUACACGGCGGCGCGAAGAUAUGACUUUUAUCUUCGAGUAGUGAAAACAAUAUUUUACAAACGAACGAACGCAGGGAGUAAAAUAUUGUUUUUAACACGAGAAGAUAAAAGUUUUAUCUUCAAGCCACCGUGUAAUGUUCUGUGUAUUAUAUAAUCCCAAGCAAAAAAUUGUGAAAUUUCACGCUCAAAAGCAAAUUGGAAAAAGUCACGUGAUCGAUAUUUUCACUAGUGAAGAUAUGGAAAAUAUCUCGCUGUGUAUUUUUCAGUAUCUCACUCUCUACUAUAUAAUAAUAGGCUUACUUGAUGCUACUGGAGAAGAUGAUUUUGAAGCCAAAUUGAAAAACUUGGAAGAAAAGUGGAACGAAAGAGAAAUAGUAUGCAUUCCACCUGGUCAGAAUCCAAAGUUUUACAGUUACAUCAAAGCGAGGGUAUGAAAUUUGAUAGUAUAUAGUAUACAAACGGGAACAUGUACAACUUAUAUACUAGUCUGUAAUUAUUGUGCUUUACACAAAUUCAUAACUGUCUGUCUAUAUCGGUUUGUACGUGGCUGUCGUUCUGCCUAUAUCAUCAACAACCUUUUUGUAAUAGAACUGCAAGUUAUACCUGUGUUUUUUUAAUCGUCUUUUUAUUAUAUAUUUUCGAUAUGUUUAGUCUGAGAUGAUAUGCAGCAGCAUGAUUGCAUCUGUAAGAAGAAAUGCUGGCCUCGGAGAUCCUCCUGAUGCUUUCUACACCAAUGAUGUUGAGAGUGAGAACUGCAUCAUUAAGAGGGAAGUAGAGUUUAAAAAGUCUGAUAUCCCAAGCUUUGUUCAAAAAAUGCACAAUCUUGAGCAAAAACAGGCGAAAGAUGCAGAAAGUGCAUUGUUUGAGCAUGGCCCAUACUCUUUAGCACCUGCAUACAAGUCUCUACGAAUUGAGCAGCACAAGUGGUUCAAGUUGAAUGCAAAGCAGCGAGAAAGCUUUAUCAAAAAAUUUUGGCAUACACAAGUGAAUGAUGGAAAUCAAUUUCAACACGAAGUAUUGGAUGUGGAGCAGAUAUUCGACGGUACAACAGAAGAUGUACAGUACAGUUCACCUGCCACCCAAGAAGAUCCGGAUCCGUCCGCGGUGUUCACUCCCACAUCAACUUCCGCGUUGUCAAUGACGACAAGUGAUUAUCAAAUCCCCGGUAUUCCUGCAAUGCAAAUGCAUGGAAUGCUUCAAAAGGCUGAGCGCCUUCUCUGUGAUCCUGGGUCAAUUAUUGCUGCACCAAGUAAUACACCAAAUUCCUUUUGUGUUCGUAGUGAAUCCAACAAGAAGUCACACUUUGUCUACCAGUUAGAGUCAAGUGGGAAAACUAUUUGCGAAGACUGUCCACAAUGGAUUAGCUCCUCAAUAUGCGCCCAUUCUGUUGCAGUUGCGGAAAAGUGUGGAAAUUUGAAAAAAAUUAUUACUUGGAGAAAGGCAUAA